GGGGCGGGGCAGGCACGCGAGGAGCGCGGUCCCCAGAGUUCUCUGCUACCGGGGCGGGCUUCCCAGGGUGCACCGCGCGCUGGGCUCGGUGCCGUGACCCCCCCAAGGUGACUGGAGCCGGAGCCAGGCAGAGGGACCCCGCCGCCGUCCCCUCUGAAACCCUCUGCGAGUUCAUCAUGAUUCUCCAACAGCUAUUCAGGUUUUCCUCCAUUUUCCGCUCUGCCAUCUCAAUACACUUGCGUAGGAACAUUGGCCUUUCUGCUAUAGUGUUUAAUAAGGCGAAGGAACUUGAUCCAGUUCAGAAGCUCUUUAUAGACAAGAUCAGAGAAUACAACAUGAAGAGCCAGAAAGCUGGUGGUCCAGCUGAUGUAGGCCCUGAAUACCAGAAAAACAUGGCAGAAGAAAUUGCCAAAAUUCAGCGGUUAUAUGGUGGGGGAGACCUGACCAAAUUUCCAGACUUCAAAUUUGAGGAGCCCAACUUUGAAGAGUCUCAAAAAUGAUGUGGUUGGCGUCUGCAUUCCAAGCACUAGUGUCAUCUUUCUCACGGAGUUGUUAAAUAGGCCAGCAGUUGUAAUUUAAUGUGGGGUUUCACUUUCAAAUACUUGUUUGACUUCUGAACUCAAUACAACAUGAUUCUUGUGAACUGCCCUAUUCAUAAAAUUCACUUUUGGAAAUCAAAUAUAAAGUGCUCAGUCUUUUACCCAGUGUUUAAACAUUAUUUACUGAGAUGACAUUUCAGUAUCCAGAUAAAACCAAAUGACCACUUAGGUGCAAAAUACAGUUAAAGUUGAUGUUAAUAGCUUUCCUGUUGAAAAGAACUGCGCUUCCCUAAAUUUUAAUCAUGUCACUGAAAUCUUAUAAUAAUACAAUAAAGCCUGCAAGUAUGGCAUUAUUGUAUGCAUGUGAUCAUUCUAGGCUACAUUAUUGCAAUAGUAACAUUUUAUUUAGACAUAUCCAGGAACUCAAACAUUGCAGCUCAUGCCACAUAUCCUCCAAUUGUGCAAGGCCCAUGAGCUGAAGUGGACUGACUUUUAUAUAAUCUUGGUGCACCAGUACAUUCUUGCAGAGGCUAUCUUGUUCUUCUAAAUAAAAAACUUGAGGUUUUUGGGGAAAGUUAAGUACUAAAGUUUCUAGUCUGUUCCUGAAGCCCCCAUCAAAAUAUGAAAAAACUUAUUCAAGUUCAGUCCUAUCUACCAGAAACACUAACAGAGGUUUGAACUACCUAUCACUAUUGCUCAUUUUACUGCUGCUUAUAGUACAGGGAGAAAAAUGAUCACAUUGAGCUGACUUAUCUGAAUGGCAUUUGAUCCCAAGGAAACAAGACAAACUUUGAGCAUUUUGCAAUCUUGGUAACAUCUCAUUUUGGUAUCGGGUGCAGAUCCAAUUCAACCCUUGGUAGGAACACAGGCCUUACACUAUGAUAUAUCAAAGGUAGUCAGUAAGGUCACAGUGUAGAGUUUCAUCUUUACCUGCUAUUACUCCAAAAUGCAGAGUCCUAUACCUACCCUUUGCCCUCCUCUGUCACAGUAGUUUAAAGAUAGUUUUCCUAUUGCUUUUUUAUUUUGCUUAUGUCAGCCCUGAAAAGUUUUCCUAAGAUUAAGACUUUAUAGAAAGUUUCACUCACAUGCCCAUGAAACUGCAAAAUAUUCCCGUUUAUAGUACUGUUAGAUGUAUGCACUCUAAGCUAAGACUAAAAAGUAGAAUUGCUCCUUUAAGUGAAUUUCUCAGUAUUUGGUGUGAAUUCUUUUAAGAAAUCUUAGCUUACGCCUGCCCCUGUAGCCCACUGUUUUUAGCAGCUACAUUUGUAUAGGGAAAGUUCACAAUAUUCUGCUCUUCAAUCAAUCCCUCUUGAGAAUUAUUGUAUAAUCUAAGCAUUCAUUUAAAAUUUGUAGCUUGUUUUGUUAGACAUGAGCUAAUCAAACAAAUAUACAGACAGCCUGAAUGAUAGUUCACUAAAUGAACUAUUAAUCCCCAUGGGAUGAGAAACAGGGCAUCUUAAAUGUCAAUGUCACUGCUCACUUUGAGCAGCAACAUCCAGUUUCUGCUCCUCCUAGAAUCCCAGACUGCCUAUUUUGGUGCCAAAGAAUCUAGCUCCUAAAGUUUUCUCACAGCUUCUCUGAAAAAAAUGUGCAUGUUGAUCCAGAUAUCUGUAGUAUAUAAGAAGUGGGGACAGUGAAAUAAAUUGGCUGUAAUAUUAAAGCAGUUCAGGGCCA